AUGGGAAACAUCGUUGAUAUAGCGGAAAGAGUGCUGCUGGGCAAGACGAUUCCGUUAGAUUCGCAGCCAACACAUGAAUCGACUUUCCAACGAGAAUAUUGCAUCGAGAAGGACGUGCGGCUCAUGUCCUCAAAGCUUUGGGAGUUGCAGCAGUCUUACUACACAUCUGCUUCGAUACGUGAGUGGGCUUUUAGAAACCUUCCGCUCAGUUUUUUCUCUUCCUCCUAUCUAGCCAAAUCUUAUUCCAAUGUGAUUCUAAGUUAUAUUCGUGAUAUGUGGACUCCUUCUCUCGGCGAGAAGGUGAUUAUUGUGGAUGUCGGUGCUGGACAUGGUAGAUUGGGUUUUUACAUUGUGAAAUACCUGCUAUCGAUGCGACAUCUCUGGCCGGACCCUUACCAAUGUCCGUUUUUAUAUGUCAUGACCGACUGCUCCCCCCACAUUCUCUCCUGGUGGAAAACCAACGAACUGCUCAAAGAAUUCAUCGACCGCGGUUACCUCGACAUCGCCCUCUUCGAUGUCUACAACCCUUCCGACCUCCUCUGCGUUUAUUCCGGCCAAACCCUCUCCGCGAAUACGCUCCACAUCCCACCCUUCCUCAUCCUCAACAGCGUUCUCAGCUGCCUAAAACAGGACGUUCUUGCUGUCCGCCCCACCGGCUUCGCUCCCGCGGUUAUCUCCCUCCUUUCCACGCAGUACGAAUACUUCCCCUCCGACCCCCUCAUUCUCCGCAACCUCCAGUUUUUCCCCGAUUCCCCAUUCACAUCCAGACUCAAGUGGAGUUUCCCGCGGGAAUUCGACUCGGCCUGGGACCUCGGUUACGACCGAAUCCCCGCGAAACUGCUCUCCGACCACUUCGCCGAUUACAUCGGCACCACGAUCGUCGUUCCGAUAACCGCGGUUUCUCUUUUAUCGCGGGUGUUGUGCUGGUCCGCGGGGAAGGCGUUGAUUUUGGCGGGAGAUCGCGGCGUGAUUCACCGCGACGAAGUUUUGGCGGCAAAAGAACCGUUCGUGAGUUUCGGCGCGGACGUGCGGAUCCCCGUGAAUUUCGACCUGCUUUCCCUCCUCGCCCGCGACGGCGGGGGUUUCGUGGCGCACUCGCAGUACCGCGGGGACUUCGUGAUCGCGCUGCUGAGCUUCGGUCAGGGCGUUUCAUCGCUUCGUCGGACGCGCUGGGCGUUUCGUCAGUGGUCGGACUGCGGGUCGCCGGAAGCGAUCAGUCUGCUGGAGUCGUCGCUGUGCAGCGAGGCGAUGCUUUCGCUGCGGCUUUUGCUGCUUCUGCUGCGAUUGGCGCAGAGCGAUUCCGACUCGCUCUGGCAAUUCCGGUCGUUUUUGGUCAAGUCGGAGGGAGUUUUGGCCAAUCAGAGCGUCGAUCUGCGCGAUCUGAAACUCCAGCUCGAGCAGCUGGCGGCGUUCGUGUAUCCGUUCCAGGCGUAUCAUGACGUGCUGUUCGACAUCGCGCGGUUCUUUUUGGCGCUGCGGGAGUACGAAAAAGCCGCGGAACUGUUUCUGCAGUCCAUUCGGAUGUGCGGAGAGCACCACGCGUCCUGGUUUAACCGCGGGGUUUGCCUCUUCGAGCUCCGCCAGCUGGCCAAGGCGCGGUUCUGCUUCUUCCGAGUAGGGAAACGUGGAAACCUGAGAGGUAGGCGCUGGAACUGA